AUGUUUCGUCUAGUCAAGCAACUCGCAACAACACAGCAGCUAAAAGCACCAGUUUGCCGUACAUCAAGCGCUCUUCUCCGCAGUCGCAUCUACGCAGCUGCCAGUAUCUCACAUGCCACAUGGCAUCAACAUCAACAUUUCUCAUCCACCCUGUUUGCUCAAAAUGAGGACAAUAAUAAGAAAAAACAACAAGCAGCAGCAGCAGCAGCAGAAGACGAUUUGGAAGAGAUUGAUCCCAAAGACUAUCCUGAACUCUAUCCCGAAUCCACUAGCCAACAAGAUGCAUUUAAUGAAGCUGACGAACAAGUAGAUACAGAUUGGUUUGUGGAUCCCGAAUACGCCCAGGAGAAGCAGCUCUCAGAGAGGGACUUUAUACCCAUGUGGCAACGUCAAGCACUAGGCGAUCAUCUAGAGGACAGAUUAGCGCUACAAGAAGCAUCCAAGGAACUGAUGGCAUCUGGAAAAUUGACAGCCGAGACGAUCCGAAGCUUGUUGGAGGAAAGUAAGCUGGACAAUGUACAAGUCAUUGACGUGCGAGAAAAAUGCGAUUGGGCCGAGUACAUGAUUGUAGCAUCCAGCGCCAAGGGAGACAAAUACCUCAGCAGUGUAGCAGAGCAUGUGGGUGGUGUGGUCAAGAAGGCCAUUCAAUCCAAUCCAACGAGUUUGAAGCAGCAGCCCAUGCCUCAUAUUGAAGGCAGAAACGAUAAAUCUGGAUGGCUGCUAGUAGACCUGGGCCGCAUCAUUGUGCAUUUAUUCACGCCUGAAAUGAGAGAUCGCUAUGAUCUAGAGGGGUUAUGGAACUCUGUUUCAACGGAUCCUACACAGCCUAUGGCCAUAGACGAUCAAGAGUUUGAGAAAUAG